AUGGACUCGUUCAGUCGAGCAGGGAACUCAGCACUUGACGAUCUGUUCCUUGAGAGGCUCGAUGUAUUCAUAGACAAAACGCUCUCAGACAUGAAGACUUUCGCAGAGCGGGAGGGAUGCUCUUUGGAUAUCGUUAGACGGCAUGUAGCGCAAUGGCACAGCCAGUAUUUAUUUUCCGCGGCAUCCCCAUCGCCACCGGAAGACAGACGGCAGAGAGUCAAUCUGAUCUUGGUGUCUACAUCUCAGACGCUCGAAGCAUUGCAUCAGACGGCGGGACUGCAUUCUUUCUUCCUUGCUGUUGACCCGACCGAUCCAACCGACAACGGCUUUCUCGGGGGUACAGUGCUUGGAAGGGAGUUUUGGCGGGGCCUUCGCAAUGGCGGGGUGAACGGUGCAAAAGCGUUCAAAAUGCAAGCCAUGUCCUCUCAUUCACCAACUCUGGAGUCAUUUCAUGAUCAUCAUCAAGCCCCGAGCACAUCAAUGGAUAAGAGAACCCCUGCGCAGCGACUGAAAAGCGAGGUAUAUGCUGGAAUCAGAACUGCUCUUAGAAUGGCAUCUGGCAUCCGUAACGCGGAAAUGAGAUGGACAAAUCAUGAUCUCUUGCAAACCUACGGGGUUCGUAUAGACGGAUGGCCCAAAGAUAUCCCGAAGCGGAAUCCAUCUUCGUUGACAGUGGCAGAAAACAAGCGGCUGAAGGAGUGCUUGCGGAACGAAAGCCUAAUAUUCCACCACCUC